AUGCGGUCCACCUCCGUCAAGCCCUCCGCAUACCCUGCGCUGCCCUUCCAUAUCAUUCGGGCAGUCGGGUUCCUCUCGUCCGUCGUCGUCGGCAUCAUCCUCGCCGUGUUCAUCUACCACCUCCACGCCGACGGGUACAAACUACCCUUCGCCUUUCUGAUCUGUCUCGUAACCGCCCUCUUCACCAUCCUCAAUGUCACCUUCACAGGAGUCAUCAACUGCAGCUGCGGCCUCUCGCCCAAACUCUCCAUCAUCCUCAACAUGCUCCUCCUGAUCCUCUGGCUACUCUCCCUCGCCCUGCUGAGCUACAGCAUGUCCAGCACAAUCCUCACAAAAUGCGGAACCGAAUAUUGGGGCAACUCAACCGGCAUCUCCGUAUGCCGCAGCUACAAGGCCCUCUUCGUCUUCACCAUCCUCGGAACGGCCUCCUACAUUGCCUCCAUCGCACUGGACUUCACCGUGCGCCGUCGCCAGAACCGUCUCGGUGAAUACAACCCCAUGGGCAGCCAUCUCAUGCCAGGCGAGGACCCCUUUGAUGUUAAACUGGCCGAUCGUAAUAGCGAAACCCUUUCCUACGACCACGUUCCACCCCCAAUGACCGGCGCCCAGCACGCUACGCCGUAUGCGCAUUCCUUCGAGCGCGGACAUGCGGAUGAGUCGGAGAUGUUCUACGAUACUGCGCCGGCGAGAAGUGGACAGGCGGGUCCGCGGGUGCGAUUUAGCGCGUAUGAUCAGGGUGGAUAUCGGCAUCCCGCUGAGCAGACCGGUUACGACCCUGCGGCGUACCGCUAA